AUGGUCUACACCCGCCCUUCCAGUAUCACCUUCCCUACGGUAUGGCACCGCUUCAUCGCAAGAGGCACUAAGCUGCGGGUUCAAGAUCUUACUGAGGAGCAGGUGGAACCGGCAGUCCAACUCCUUGUCAAGUAUUUUACAGCUGAUGAGCCACCGUGCAAGUAUAUAGAAAUUAAAAAGUACCCUACUGCGUUAGCUGAGCUGGAGAAACUCUGGCGAGAUACGAUUAAAGAUAGAGUUUCUGUCGUCUGCGUGGAGGACAGAGACGAUGCCACGGAGAUAAUUGGUGUCAAUGUUCUCACUGUUGUCGCGAACACUGAUAAGGAAGAGGUUUUUAAGACGGAAGACAAAAUUUGGGCGAAGCUGUUUGGUGCUGUGGAUUUUGUGACGCGCAGUGUGGACAUAUUUUCCAAGUUUGGAGUAGAACAGUACUUGACAGCGUAUGGUCUGGUUGUGGACCCGAAGUGGAGAGGCUGUAAUAUCGGAAAAGAGAUACUUUUGGCAAGAAUUCCUCUCUGCAAGGCACUCGGUAUAAAGGUAACAGCUACAGUCUUCACCGCCGCAGCAUCUCAAGCCGUCGCUAAGAAGGCCGGUUUCCAAGACCUGUUCAAGAUAUCCUAUGAAGAUCUUGCUAAACAAGGGUUCAGAUUUCCUGGCGUAGAGCAAGACACAAAGUAUUCUAAAUUGAUGGCUUUGGAAAUUCCUUAA